AGCUGUGACGUAGGCAUUUCCUUCUUCCUGGGGCUCUUGAGUGAAAUGGCGGAUGGAUAUGUUGGGUUUUGGCUAACGAAAAAGAACCAUAAGUCGAUAACUGAAUAUCUGGGCGUCAUUAUUGGAUGCGCCUUUUAGUUUUGCUUUAGUAGAUUUCUGUGUGUAAGGCGAAGUUGGGAAAGUCAAGCAUCGAAGGCAAAACACAGGAGUUGCCCCUUUGCCGAGCCGCGUAUUUGCAGUGGAGUGAGGACCACCACAACAUCACACAAGCCACCUUUAAAGAUGUCUGACAUCUUAUCAAGAGGGUUCAGGGCCCAGCUGACCACAGCUAUGGACUCUAUCUCGAGGAGAGCCGUGUUUGAGAUAAUGAAGAUCUUUGAAAACACGUUAUAUGACAAUCAAAUGGAGCUGUUACAGAAAGGAGAAGAAGUUGCUCAACUUAAAAUAAAGUUACAGAGAGCAGAGCUAAAGCUGAAAGACCUUGAGGAAGGAACGGGAAGACAAGUAGAGACGAAUAAAGCCCAGACUAAUCCUUUGCAAACAGACCCUGAAGUUGCCGUGGAAGCUUCAGGACAAACUUCUGAGAUUCCUGAGAUUGACUUUGAAGUACCUGAUGACUGGUGUGCGCCUCUGGGCUGCGAGAUGGUGUCCAAGCCAGACGAAGGUGUGUGUCCCAGUGUACGACUGCGUCCGCUGUCCAUUCCUCUGUGGCACAUUCCAGUCCCCAAGAAUGAGGUGGUUCACCGUGACCUUGACCAGAGAAAAAAGGGUGCCAGAAGAUCUAGUAGAAUUUCAAAUUUAAACGAGGCGACAAAACCCAUAGAAGGACUCAACCAGAACCUUGGUAGACUGAAGGAGGAGGUCAAGAGUCAGGAUGGAGCUUCAGUAAAACAUGAGCGUGCUGGGUCACGGCCUGGCCUGGGGUCUGUCACAGUCCAAGUCCCAGAGGGAAGUCUUGCAGCUGGGAACCAGACGCAGAUCAAUGUCCUGUCUACUACAGAAGCCAAGACCAAAUUAUCUCACUGGGAUCAAAGCAGUCGUGGUGCAGACCACAGACCCCUUCAGGAUCAGGCCUCUACCCCAUUUCUCUCCAUCUCUCAGAGUGGACGUUGCUCCCCCAGACCUGACUCUAACCUGGCUCAAGCAGGUGAGUGGUUACCUGGCUUGGACACCACCCGAGGUGGGGUGUCCAGUCUGGAGAACCUGCAGGCAGAUAGCACCAGCUGCACUGGUGCAGCUAGCAGCAGCACUGGCACAGAUGCACCCUGCUUCCGACCUGGUUUUGGCUCAGAUGAGACCAGCAACGAAGAUGACGAUAACUCUUUUCCUUUUCUGGACCAGGAGCCUGAGAACCAGAACUCCAAUCAGAAUGCAGUGCAGGGCCAGGGCGUGGGAGAGAGGGGGGCUCGGCAGGAACAAUCCCAAGCCACCCCUGGUGAGUCACUAUGGAGACCAAGAGACGAGAGGGGUGGGAGAGCCACGAUGAAUCAUGCGCGGCGGGUCACAAAUUUUGGUAACAGAGACCCUCUCCGACCACAGUCUAAUUCACAGCUGCUCACUCUACGACACACAAACACUCUUAGCCACCCUCCAGCAACAGGUGGAGGGAACGGCCGACCUUACACCUGCCCGUACUGUACAAAGUGUUUCACGUACCCCUCCCACCAGCGCAGACACCUUUUACGCCACACAGGAGUCAGACUACAUCCCUGUCAGUUUUGUGAAAAGAGCUUCCUCACUCCCUCUGAACUCACUGUACACACUCGCACACAUACAGGGGAGAGGCCUUUUGGCUGUUCUCAGUGUGGUAAACGUUUUGCCCGCAGUGGGAACCUGAGAGCCCACCAACGGGACGUACACAUGGGGAAGAGGCCCUUUGCUUGCACCGAGUGCGGAAAAAGAUUUGCCCACAGGGGAAAUCUGAGGGUGCACAAUCACAGAGUCCACCAAGGAGAUCCCUACUACAUGGAUGAUCAGCAGGAGCCUGACAUAGGCUCGAAUCCCAUUUGAAGAGAGUUUUAGUAGAAAAACAAAAUGGAUCUGCACUUUGAAUUUCAUUUGCAAAAUAAAACCUAGAAACUUGUUUCAGGGUUGCCUGCAUUAGUGAGCACUUAAAACUGCUUAAAAUCUUACUAUGUUUUUGGUUUAUUUGUUUGUGUUUUGAGACGCGAUGCAAGGCAGCCGUUAAAUUAAUCAUCCAAAUAUUUAAACUACAUUUAUUGACCCACACAAAGUAAACGUGAGUUUCUUAAUGUUAUUUUCAGUUUUUGCCUCAUAAUUUUGGGUCACGUGAAAAGAAAGCACUUGUGUUACUGUAUUGUAAAGGAGUAGUUGUAAUUGUCCAAGAAUAAGAAUCAUUGGCUGUUGUGAAGAAUAAUUGUAAUAAUUCUCCAGGUUGACGUUCCCUAUCAGUGGAAAGUUGGCAAAUGGAUUCAAGCACCUUUUCAUUACUUAAUGUGACAAAAUGCCAAAAUAAUGUUUUUGUAAAGGCAAUAAAGAAGGUCUAGUUGGUAUUAGCUUUAGACAUGUGGCAUGCAGAGGUAGGAUAGCACGUCUGUUCCUUGAAAUUUGUGCUUCUGUACUGGCCAUCUCCUGAAACCCUUUGAAUGUGUUGUGAAAAAAAAAAAAUGAAAAUUUGUUCCUGUGACAAGUACAUACCAUACUCAUGUUGUUAAAGAACUGUUCUUUCAUUUCCAUCCUGUUUUUGCAAAGUGAAAUUAAACAGUAUAGUCACGUA